UUAAUGCUUAAGUAUUUCCACACCAUUCUGCAAUCCGAUGUGUAUAAAUAGCAGAAGAAAAAGGACAAGAGACCUCUUUGAAUGAAUCAAAGUUCUCCAUAUAUACAAAUAAAUUACUGGCAAGAUGAACAGAAUCAUUCAUCUGAGCUUGGCCUUGUUGGUGUUUUCCCUUGUCAGCCAUGGCCACCAUGAUGUCGAUCAUCACCACGAUCAUCAUGACCCCAAAGCUGCUAUCAAGAUCCAACACAAUAUUGAACAUUUUGCAAUUGAACUCUACAAAAUACUGGCUGCAAGAUCAGAUGGAGAGAAUGUUGUUUUCUCACCCUGCAGCAUUUCUAUAGUGCUUUCAGUCCUGUUAUUAGGGACAAAUUCAAACACGCAUGCAGAGAUUUUAAAGGGCCUUGAUUUUAACAUGACAAAAAUUCAGGAAGAUGAGAUCCACCAGGGGUUUCAUGAACUUCUCCAUCUGAUCACACAUUCAGAGGAGGAUUACAAAGUGGAUAUCGGACAGGGCCUGUUUUUAAAGGAAGGCAUACAACCAUUGCAGACAUUUUUAGAUAAGAUUAAGGAAUUCUAUGAAGCAGAAAUCCAAGCCACAAAGUUUCAGGAUCCAAAAGAAGCUGAAAAACAGAUCAAUGAUUAUAUAAAGGAAAAAACACAUGGGAAAAUUGCAGAACUAGUCAAGGAUCUUAACCCAGAAACGGUCUUUGUUCUCACAAACUACAUAUUCUUUCGAGGACACUGGAAGAAUCCUUUUAAUCCAGAGCUCACAAGGGAAGAGGACUUCUUUGUGGAUCACAACACAACUGUCAAAGUCCAAAUGAUGUAUAGGACCGGUUGGUUUUACUCCUAUUUUGAUAGUCAGCUGUCUUGCACAGUACUGCAGAUAGACUACAAUGGUACAGCCACCACAUUUUUUGUUUUGCCUGAUGCUAAUAAAGAGAAGGCAUUGGAUGUGAGUCUGUCAAUAGAAACUGUGAACAGAUGGGCAAAAAAUGUACACAGGGGUACAGCAAGGGUCUACAUUCCCAAGUUUAGCAUUUCAGCCACGUACAGCUUAAAGGAACCCCUCUCCCAGCUUGGCAUUACUGAAAUCUUUACUGAUCAUGCUGAUCUCACUGGAGUCACAGGGGAGCCUUUGAAACUGUCUAAAAUUACCCACAAGGCUGUGUUGACUGUUGAUGAAACUGGAACUGAGGCAGCAGGAGCUACUGCUGGAGAAGCCAUUCCUAUGUCAUUGCCCCCAACCUUUAGAUUUAAUCGACCUUUUCUAUUUAUCAUUUCUGAAAGAACGCUCAACACUACAUUAUUUGUGGCCAAGAUAAGCGACCCAACACAGCCGUAAACAAAAACAAAACCCCAGUAUGUAUUGGAGUUUGAAUAGAGUUCAAAAAUAAAAUAUCAUUGGAACAUGAAUUUCAAAGAAA